AUGGAUGAAGACAUACCUAGUCCUAGUGAUGAUGAACAAAAAGAACCAUCACCAGUAAACUUAAAAAAAUUAAAAAGAAUAUGUCAAUAUGAAGCAAAAAAAAAAUUAUUUCUUAAAAUUGAUCUUCAAAAAAUCGAAAUUUUCACUGAUGAUGGUCGUAUUCAUAAUUACACUAACGACCAUUCUAGAAAAGAUUAUAUGGCAUUUUUAGUAAAAUAUCAAAGGAAUGAAGUAUCUUUAUGUUUGUUUGGAUAUAAACAUGAAGUUGUAAUUCCAUGGCCAGAAUUAAAGGGAUUUAGAGUUGAUCCAACAUCUGGUGUUUUAAAAAUUAAAGUGGAUCAUGGAUUUUUGAGAUUGUAUUAUUUUCAUAAAGAUGGUUUUCCAUAUAUGUUACCUCCUGUGACUAUGGAUAAUGACCCUACUAAUGGAAUAUUAUCAAACGCUAUUGGACUUUGUCUCUAUCCUAAACCUUGGGAACACCCAAACACAUUGAUGGUUGCAGAGGCUGGUAUAAAUAGAUUAUGUUUUGUUGAUAUGAAUAAGGAGAAUGAAUUACUAAUAGUAAAUGAAAAUGAUCAAGAUGAAUCUAAUGCUUCCGAUGACAAG